UAACCAGAAUAGUCGAAAGAGUCACUGUUGUCCGUAAUCGGAAUUGGAAGCGUUCAUCAGAUCACAGAUUUAUGUCAGGUCUGGAUCUGGAUUAUUUUUCUCGAUUCAGAUUCAUAUUUUUUCACCGACCUUCCAGACACAAUCUGGUCAGAUCUCUUUCGAUACUGUACUGUACGCGUGACCAACGGAUGGGCACAUUGUCAUUUCGAAAAGCAGCUGACAUGAUGUAAUCGAUCAGGGCAGGCAAGUUGCCGGGGCUCCGACAAUCGAGAGAGAGAGAGAUGAAGAGAGCGCUUCUCUUAUCCAAAUCAGUGUCGUAGUACUUCGAUUCGGAAGGUAUAAGAAGGGCUCGCAAUCGAACGAAAUGCAGUAUCCAUCAGUGACUCUCACCAAGAGUCCAUCUCACAAUUUCCCCCAGCGGCCGGUGUUGUUGGUCAGCUCGAACACGAAUUCAACCGUGCGGGUUAACACCCGUCGGUGGGUACUCAAUCGCGCACUAAGCAUGGAGAAAGAUUGUCCACCCAGCUUCUCUUGCAGCAGCGAUGGUCAUGAUCCGACGCGUCGAUCGAAACACAUGGAAGAAUGCGUUCCGCAUAAGAGCCAUCAUCAUCUCCUGCACGGAGGACCUCAUCGAGCACCAGAGGAGGCAGCGAAAUUGGACGCGAAAUUGGACGCCCACGCUAAUGGCACCGAGAGUGGAGUGGCAAGCAGAUGGAGAGAGCUCGCAGGUUGCAACGACUGGGAAGGUCUACUGGAGCCAUCUCUGGACCCCGAUCUCCGCAACGAGAUUCUCCGAUACGGGGACUUCUGUCAAGUGACCGAGGAUGCAUUCCCGUACAUCGCGAACACGGCGCAUCCCACUGGAUGCGCAUACCCGAAGAGGGAUAUCCUGGCCAAGGUCGGGCGGCCGAAAACCGGAUACUCGGUCGAACGCUACCUCUAUUGUUAUGUUAAGGGCUCGAAGGUCGGGCCCCAGGAUCCCGUCAUGGAAACGAACUGGUCCGGCUUCGUGGCAGUGUGCACCGACGAAGCAGAAAUUAAGCGGCUCGGCCGACGAGACAUCGUGGUGGCCUGGCGAGGGACGAAGACGACCUUCGAAUGGCUCCAGGACUCCGUAUUGCGCCAGGAGCCUCUCGUGGGGCGCGAUGGAUUGCCUGGGCACGAAGCCGCCCGUGUGACAGCGGGCUUCUGGCACUUCUUCGCGGACUAUCCCGAGACAAAUCAGAUGUUCCGCAAGCACUCUGCAGGCAAGCAGGCCGUGGACGAGGUGGCUCGCCUGCUGGAGGUGUACAGAGGGGAGGAGCUAAGCAUCACCUGCACGGGGCACAGCUUGGGCGGCGCUCUGGCGACUUACUGCGCUUACCAGCUCGUGGAGGCCGGGACGAACAAGAUCGCCGGGGCCACCGUCCCCGUCACCGCGAUCACAUUCGCCUCCCCUCGUGCCGGCGACGUCGUGUUCCGCCGGAGGUUUGAGGAGCUCGGGGCCAAGUGCUUGAGAGUGAAAGUUGAUCAGGAUCUUGUGCCUUGCACGCCCCCUGGCGAUGACGCGCAGACCGUCGCCCCCGUUGAGGUGGUUAGGAGGCUGGCAGUCCAGAAUUGGGGACUCGUCCAGGCGGGUGCCGAUACUGCAGAUCACUGGUUCGAGGUCAAUAGAAUGAAUCUGACGGAUCACUCGCCCUACGUCGGCUACACGAGCGUGGGAACUACGCUGCGGCUGGAUUUUUCCAAGUCCCCGUACUUGAGGCAGCCCUCCACGAAAUUGAACUCGACCUGGUCGAACUCCGCGGCCUACAUCGAAGGAAUGAUAGGUAACUACCACAAUCUUCAGGCAUACCUGCACCUGGUGGCAGGAGACGAUCAUGAUGGGAAGUGGACGCUCAGGGUCGACCGAGAUCUGGCUCAGAUCAACAAGAGUGCCGACGUUCUGGCCGCUGAGUAUGCGAAAACUAUACCUGGAAAGUGGUGGAAGUUGGAAAACAAUGGAAUGGUGCAAAACGAAGACGGUAGUUGGGUAUCACCUGUCCGCUAUGACCCUCAAUCAAACUCUGAUGAUUACGAUUAGGACAAUGUUCGUUUUCCUGCUCUGUUCUCUGUACAAGUAGCUUGCGACAGUAAGUGAUCUCGACUGUUACGGCAUAUCUUCUUUAGAUCCUGAUUAUCUGUUCAGUCUUUGACCCUCUUCUUCACGAUUGCAAAGGCAAUACGUUUUGUGAUUCCAAAUUUAUCUAGAACCAGCUGAAACCAGCAGAUUGCACC